AUGUCCACCAGCUUCAGAGAUUCGGUGAACAGUCUGGGAUGGUCGCGGAGGGAGCCAGAAUAUACAGCCAACACCAACUCUUCCACCCCAUUCCUGUCGACGCUGAACUCGAUCAAUCCAUUUAAACGAGGUGGCUAUGUGCAGCUGCCUACCCACGAGGCUCCAGGAGCCCCUCUACCGGCACCAACACGGAGAGAAGAAGAGGAAGGAUGGUUUGCUAUGAGCCGAUGGGAUAAGAUGUUGAUCUUCGGCGGGCUGAACCUUGCGGCGAUGGCAUGCUUCGUACUCUGCUUCGUGCUAUUCCCAAUUCUGUUUGCAAAGCCACGCAAGUUCGCGACUUUAUGGUCUGCAGGCUCGAUACUUUUCCUGGCGUCUUGGGCAGCGCUCAUGGGGCCGCAAGCUUAUCUCGCCCAUCUUCUGUCCGGGCCGCGCCUGCCUUUCACUGCGGUGUAUGUCGGAAGCAUCGUCAUGACAAUAUACUUUGCCGUGGGGCUUCACUCAACCAUCUUGACACUGCUGUUCUCCAUCAUACAGCUGGUCGCGCUGGUAUGGUAUCUGGUCAGCUACUUUCCCAUGGGAAGUACUGGCCUUAGAUUCGCUGCCAGAGUCGGAGGAGGUCGUCUGACUGCGUGGAUGAACGAUUAG